AUGAACUUUGCAGAGACCAAGACGCUGGCGAUGAGCAAGCGGUGGACAUUGAAGGAAUCGAUGGGCAUAGGCACAGCCACUGUGAGCCACCUAGCAAAGACCCAAACAAUUACCGCCAGCAUGGUCCAGCUAGUCACAGGGCCAUCUAGCUUCACACAAAGGCAUAUAAUGGUGCACAGAAGAGGUCAUAGGAGGACGGACAACAUCUUGAGUGUCAGAGUGGAUUUCAAACUUGACAAGAAGCUUUGUGACCUAAGCCCUUUGUCAAAUCCAUCUAAGAAUGGCAACAGGGCCGUCGCCGCAGAUGCAGCUGUUGUGGAAGUUCUUGAUAGCAGUAACUACGUGGAUUGGGGUGUAUUGGUUAAAAAUUACUUGUUGGCUCAAGACCUUUGGGAUGUAUUGGAAGAAGACGAAGAAGAAGACGAAGACGAAGAAGAAGAAGAAACAGAAGAAGAAGCUGAUGAUAAGUUCAGAGCUUGGAAGAAGAAGAAGAAUGCCACCGCUUUACAUAAAAUCCAAAUUUCGUGCGGGCGGGAAGCUUUUUCUCUCAUUAGAAACGCCACUUCAGCCAAAAGCGCUUGGGAUACUUUGGCAGAAAAGUUCAAGCCAAAACCAUUUCUUCCAAGAUAUGACCAGCGUCUGUAUAAGCCGUUGUUCGAUGCUGUGUGGUUUGGGGAUUGGAAUGAAGCAAAGGAGUUUCUUAACCUACAUCCAGAUGCAAUAAGAGCAAGACUUCCAUCUACAAACAAGACAGCUCUUUACAUGGCAACAGAACUAGAGCACGAGAAUAUUGUGGAAGAGUUGGUGCAGUUGAUGUCCGAGGAAGACUUGGAAAUAACAGAUCAUGAUGGUUGGACAGCUCUUGCUCUUGCUGCAAGUAGAGGAAAUAUAAAAAUGGUUGAAUGCAUGGUUAGAAAGAGCAAGAAAAUACUUAGUAUUGCCAAUAACCGGAAUUUGACUCCAAUUCCCUUGGCUUCUGGCAAUGACCAAUGGGACGUCGUUCGUUAUCUUUACUCCGUCACUCCCAUCGAGGAUCUAAUGCCAGAAAAAGGCCCAUUCGGCGCGGGACUUAUUUACUACUUUAUAACUAGAAGGAAAUUUGGUAUGGCUCGGGAAUUAAUUCGGUGUUGCCCACGAUUGGUCCUUACUAAAGACCACUAUGGGUUAUUUCCGAUAGAAGCAUUUAGGCCUUCUGCAUUUCCGAGUGGAACACGCCUCAAAUUCUGGCAACAAAAGAUCUAUGAUAGUAUACACAUAGAUUGCGCCAUCAAUGAUAUUCGUGUAAGUGUUCAAACUGAAGAAAAUGAAGAACAAAAUCAAACAAAGAUUGCUUGGUCAGGAAUCACACGCCUACGAGAAAUGAAAUUGGCCCAUAUUGAAGCCCUUGAACUCCUAGAUAAUAUGUGUGAAGUGAUAAAACCUUCAGAUGGCAUUGACUUUCUCCUUCCAGCAGUUUUCCGAGCUACCGAGCUAGGAAUGUUUGAGUUUAUUGACCGUGUGUUGCAAGCAAGACCAAAUGUCAUGUGGGCGUCUAAUCCAAUGAGAAGGAACCUCUUUCAGUUUGCCAUUGAAUGUCGUCAAGAAAAAGUUUAUAACCUUUUUUAUUAUAAACUCAGUAAAAGACAAAGAACUGUGAUUGGAAAUAUUGUAGAUCGGGAUAACAACUGCGCGCUACAUGUGGCAGGGAUGCUUUCACCAUUUGCAAGGCUCGAUAAUAUCUCAGGUGCAGCUUUGAAAAUGCAGAGAGAACUACAAUGGUUCAAGGAGGUCGAGAAUAUUGUAGUACCCGUGAUUAAAGAAUCUUUAAAUAAGGAGCAUAAGAUGCCACGUGAGAUGUUUACCAAGAAUCACAACCAAUUGGUGAAGCAAGGAGAAAGAUGGAUGAAAGAAACUGCAUCUUCAUGUACAGUUGUAGGUGCUCUCAUUAUUACCAUCAUGUUUGCUGCAGCAUUCACAAUUCCCGGUGGAAACAAUGGACAAACAGGAUUCCCAAUAUUCCUGCAUAAAAAGUUGUUUAUGGCUUUUAUAGUUUCAGAUGCUAUAUCCCUCUUUUCUUCCACAACUUCGGUGUUGAUGUUUUUGGGAAUCCUUACAUCACGUUAUGCGGAAGAUGAUUUCCUUAAAUCCUUACCAACAAAGAUGAUAAUAGGCCUUUCCACCUUAUUCAUCUCUAUUGCCACCAUGAUGGUUGCCUUUUCUUCUGCCCUUUUCAUUAUGAUCCAUGAACAAUCAUGGAUUGUUAUUCCAAUGAUUUUUGUUGCUAGUGUUCCAGUCACCUUAUUUAUUUGGAUGCAAUUUCCUCUUCUAGUUGAGAUGUACAUUUCUACUUAUGGACGAGGAAUAUUUGACAGGAAAGUGAAAUCAAGGGCAUAAAUUGUUCUACUUGGAAGAGGAAUAUUUGAUAGGAAAGUGAAAUCAUGGACAUAACUUCUUGAUGGUAUGUGUAAGUGGUAAUGUAUAACUUUCGUAAUGUUGUAACUUCUAAGAAGCUUGUAUGCAUUUUCCAUGUCAUGUAUGCGUUUGGCAUCCUAUAAUAAAACUGAAAGUUUA